AUGGUGUCAUCAAAGCCAAAAGAGGUUUACGGUCAUGCAUAUGUUUCGCUUUUCGCUUCCCCGACAGUUAGGUCAUCAGGUGUCCCGCCCACAGAACCGGUCCUCAGGAAGGACUCCGCCGAACAGCCCUUCCUCCUUCUCUUAUACAAUGAGAGCCUUUCGCAAGAUCAUAAGACCGUGCUUCCUCACGAAAGUGAAAAGGCCUAG